UCCCCGUGUGUCUGCAGCAGGCCUCAGGAGUAAGAAGUGCUCAGGCUUCAUGCUCUUCAAGGCUGUCAGAAGGCCAUGACACAACAGCAUGCCGAAACCUGGAGUGACAGGAGAGUUCGAGGAGGCGGACAGUGGGGAAGAGGAGUGCCGGUCCCAACCCAGAAGCAUCAGCGAGAGCUUCCUUACAGUGAAAGGGGCCGCACUCUUCCUGCCGAGAGGAAAUGGGUCUUCUCCUCCCAGGAUCAGCCACAGGCGCAACAAGCAUGCAGGAGACCUCCAGCAGCACCUGCAGGCCAUGUUCAUCCUGCUCCGGCCCGAGGACAACAUCCGCCUGGCUGUAAGACUGGAAAGCACGUACCAGAACCGCACUCGAUACAUGGUGGUGGUGUCCACCAACGGCCGGCAAGACACCGAGGAAAGCAUUGUCCUAGGAAUGGAUUUCUCUUCCAAUGACAGUAGUACUUGUACCAUGGGCCUGGUGCUGCCACUGUGGAGCGAUACCCUUAUCCACUUGGACGGGGAUGGCGGGUUCAGCGUCUCGACGGAUAACAGGGUUCACAUAUUCAAGCCAGUGUCCGUGCAGGCCAUGUGGUCUGCUCUGCAGAGUUUGCACAAGGCCUGUGAGGUGGCCCGAAGCAACAACUACUAUCCCGGCAGCCUCUUCCUCACCUGGGUCAGCUACUAUGAGAGCCACAUCAACUCCGACCAGUCGUCUGUCAAUGAGUGGAAUGCCAUGCAAGAUGUGCAGUCCCACCGCCCCGACUCGCCCGCCCUCUUCACGGACGUCCCCACGGAGCGUGAGCGCACAGAGCGGCUGAUUAAGACCAAGCUAAGGGAGAUCAUGAUGCAGAAGGACUUGGAGAACAUCACAUCCAAAGAGAUCCGCACUGAACUGGAGAUGCAGAUGGUGUGCAACCUCCGGGAGUUCAAGGAGUUCAUCGACAAUGAGAUGAUUGUGAUCCUCGGGCAGAUGGACAGCCCCACGCAGAUCUUCGACCACGUCUUUCUGGGCUCUGAGUGGAACGCCUCCAACCUGGAAGACUUGCAGAACAGAGGGGUGCGGUACAUUCUGAACGUCACUCGAGAAAUCGACAACUUCUUCCCGGGGCUCUUCGAGUACCACAACAUCCGGGUGUACGACGAGGAGGCGACGGACCUGCUGGCCUAUUGGAACGACACUUACAAGUUCAUCUCCAAAGCAAAGAAGAAUGGCUCUAAAUGCCUGGUGCACUGCAAGAUGGGGGUGAGCAGGUCGGCUUCCACAGUGAUCGCCUAUGCCAUGAAGGAGUACGGCUGGAACCUGGACCGGGCCUACGACUAUGUGAAGGAGCGCCGUACGGUCACCAAGCCCAACCCCAGCUUCAUGAGGCAGCUGGAGGAGUACCAGGGGAUCCUGCUGGCCAGCAAGCAGCGGCACAACAAGCUCUGGCGCUCGCACUCGGACAGCGACCUCUCCGACCACCACGAACCCAUCUGCAAACCUGGGAUGGAGCUGAACAAGAAGGAGAUCACCACCUCCGCCGACCGCAUCUCUGAGGCCAAGCCCAGCGACAGCCGCCCACCGGCAUCCCCUGCCUACGCGGCUGAGCUGAGCACGGAGCGCCGGCUCCAGGGGGAUGCGGCUGUGAUUGAUGAGCUGUGCACCAAGGAAAGGAGGAUCCAUCUGGAGUUCACGUCCAGAGACUUCCACGCUGAGCAGAUCGAGGAUGAGCUGAACCUGAACAACAUCAACGGGUGCUCAGCCGGCUGCUGCCUCGACGAAUCCAAGUGCCCCCUGGAUAACUGCCAUGCUUCCGAGGCCUUGAUGCAGCUCAACCAGCCCCUGGAGAUAGCCACGGACUUCCCCGACCUGACAGUGGAUGACCUGGAGAAAGAUGCCCUUAAGCCAGACAUGAACGUGCACUUGGUCCCCAUGGAAGAACUUGCUGCCCGGCUAAAAGACCUCCCCAGGUCGCCCGACCAGGAUUCCCCGAGCCCACAGCUUCAUUCCCAGCCCGAAGCUGCUGAUUUCAGCACGGACCGGAUCGACUUCUUCAGCGCCCUGGAGAAAUUUGUGGAGCUCUCCCAAGAGAGCCAGUCUCGCUCCUGUUCCCACUCGAGGCCGGAAGAGCAGGGCAGCGGGAGGAACGGGGUCAUGAAGGGAUCAGUGCUGGAGGUGCCGCCUGCAGUGGAGACGGGCAUUGCGGUUCAGAGAACCGGCUCCUUGGGCAACUCCCCUCAAGCGUCGGAAGAUUCUUCCACGGAUGAGGAGCAAGCAAAGGAAGUCUCGGAGCUGCCUGGCACGGGCCCCCUCACGCGAUCCCACUCGGAAAACUCAAUAUCCGUGAAGGAGAUCAUCACGGAAAUCGAGUCCAUCCACCAGGGCGUGGGGCCGGGCCUGCAGAAGACGGAUGGUGCUGCUGGCCACACCCUGGCGGCGCCCAAGAGGAACACAGUCCACGAGCUGCCAGCUGAGGCAGCCUGGCCAUCCGAACACAAGCCUGGCAAGGCCGAGCCAGGCGAUGGCAUUUGCACGGCCCAGCAGGAGAAGGCAAGAGAGCCUCUGCAAGCAGAGGAGGACGGGGCUGACCCAGAGGAGAGCAGCCCAGCAGAGGACCAGCAGGAGCUGCAGGGAGAAGGCGUUGCCCUGGCGCCCAAGUGGUGCCCAGGCUCGGUGCGACGUGCCACGCUGGAGUUCGAGGAGCGCCUGAGGCAGGAGCAGGAGCAGCAGCACGGAGCGCCUGGGGGCCUGCUGCCCACCCGCAAGAACUCCCGCAACGACCCUGCCACCACCGAGCCCGCGCCCCGCGGCAGGAGCGAGGAGCCGUCUCACGAGCCGGUCCCAACCCACGGGGAGGGCGACAGCCACCAAGCCAGGCCCGGGAGCCCUGAACCCCCUGUUGGCACGUGCCCCGUUGUGGAGCCCCUGCCCGCGGAGCUUGGCAUGGAGCAGGAGGGGCCAGUGCGGGAGCACCGGACGGUCGUGCUGCUGGAGAGCUCCGCUGUGCCGGCCCUGCCUGGCCCCCUCCCCAAGAGGAUCGAGAUCAUCGAGUACGCACAGGCGUCUGAGCUGCUGGGCCCCCACGAGUGUGAUGCCGGCUGUGGGCAGGGUGGCACAGGGCCAGGCACAGCCACCCUGGAGCUGCCACCGCUGGAUGAAAACCUGAACCCCUCGGCGUGCAUGGGGACAGCCGCCGUGUGCCCGCAAUCUCUGCCACUGCAGCACCCUCCCACACCCGGACCCACGGCAGCCCAGCAGGCCACCUCCACCCCAGGCAGCCCUGAGCAGGGCUGUGGUGGGACACCGAUGCUUCUGGGUGCCACCUCCCCCCUUGGCCAGGCGAUACCCUCACCCUCGGCAGACCCCGAGUGCCUGAGCCCGUUUCACCUGGAGGGCGUCACGGAGCAGAGCACAAGCACGGACGAUGAGCCGCCCACACCUUGCAGCGCCGGUGGGGGUGGGCAGCUCCUAUGCGGGGGCAGCUGCAGUGCCUUGAUGCUGUUGAGCCACGAGGACCUGACUGUGCUCGGCCGCCUUGCCGGGGGCCAGACGGAGGCUUGCGAAGGCUGGGACUUCUUCCUCUGCUCCAGCCUCCCGCACAGCUCCAGCAGCCGCAGCGUGGAGGGCCGCAGCAGCCACCCCAGCCUGGUCCAGCUGCGCGCCACAGAGCUCGAGGCACGCAUGCGGCGCGCGGGGCUCACAGCGCCAUCCCACAUGAAGCGCUCGGCCUCCCUGGCCAAGCUGGACUGCCUGGACCUCUCGAAAGACGACUUAGCCGAGAGGGAGCGCGCCCCCUCUGAGUCCUGUCCCCACCUGCUGCCCGUGGGCAGCCCGCCUGGAAGGCUCUGCACAUCUUCCUCCUCACUGCCGGGCCUCGCCGAUCCAAAGCCCACGAAGCAUUUUGUAGAGCAGCUUAAAACAACUGAGUGCAUUGCCCAGAGCAAGCCGGUGGCGCGGCCCCUCGUGCAGUAUGCCAAAGAGUUUCGGGUGGGUCCACCGGGCCCGGUCCCUGGUGCGCCACCUCUAUUGACUCACUCCGAAGAGGCACUUCCGCUGCUCUGGGCGCCGGGGCCGGACUCGCCGUGCCCGGCUGUGAAGCUGGCCAUGGCGCCACGGCAGCAGCACGGCAGAACUCACCCCCUGCGGAGACUCAAAAAGCCUAGUGACAAAAAGCGGACGCCCAAUCCUCUCUAUAACACCAUGUGAACCCGAGCCCUGCGCCGUGACCCCCUCACCCCCCCACGUCGUCGCGCUCGUCCCAGGGGCAGGUGUAAUAUAUAAGGAACAUGCACUUUAUUGGUUAAUUUUAUAGUCAUUUUACUGUUCCUGACGCAUGUAGGUUUGGGUUGUGUUUCUCUGUGUGUGACUCCGACUGCAAGGCCGUGGGUUGUUUUUUAAUUUUUUUUUUUUUUUUUUUAAACUCCGAUAACCUCAGACGUGCUCUUUGUUUUAAAAGAACACCCCAGCCAGGCGGAAAUCACGGCGGCAGCCCCCUCAUCCCUGCCAAGCUAAACCCACCCCCAUUGCCUUUCCCUUGCACCACGGCAGCUGCCCGAGCGGGUGCUGCACUCGGAUGCAGCGUUACCCCAUGGCUGACCCCACAUAAGCAAACUGGAACUCGCUGACCGCGGCGGCCGUGGGCCGAGCUGCUUUGGCACGAGCCCGCAGGACGGGUCUGGCC